AAGCAUUAUACAGUCCCUUAUCUGGAUUUAAUAACCCGACCCGUUUAACUCCAUAUGCUCGUUGCUGAGAUUGAUGAAGAAUCGAAUGAAAAAUCGAAUUUUCAAUCCAAGAAGAAUUAAAGAAGAAUGAGCUGUGCAACAGUAAUGGCGAAAAUGGGAGCUUCAGGCAGAGCAUUGCUGGGUUUCUCCUCAUUUCUCCCCUUAACAGCCAAACGUCUCUCUUUUCUCAGACCCUCUUACGCUCUACGCUUAAACCCGCACAGGGUUUUGCAAAGGUUUAGACCCCUCUGCUCCGCCGCCGCAACAUAUACCGCCGAGGAGGAUGCAUUACAGCCGGCAAAGCACAGCCUGUUAUUGGAAAGGCUCAGACUUAGACACCUCAAACACUCUGCAAAAGCAGAUGUCACGCAUCCAGUUAAUGGAUUAAAGGGUGUGAAGGAGAAUGAUCAUGAGGAGGUUACUAGGAAAACCGGGAAGCAGAAAGUUGUGGCUGCUUCGAGUUUUCAGGAGUUAGGGUUGAGUGAAGAGGUUAUGGGGGCUUUGGGAGAAAUGGGUAUAUCUUCGCCCACUGAGAUUCAGACUAUUGGGAUACCUGCUGUGCUUUAUGGUAAAAGUGUGGUGUUGGGUUCGCACACUGGUUCUGGAAAGACUCUUGCUUACCUUUUGCCGAUGGUUCAAUUGCUGAGAAGAGAUGAGGAAUUAAAUGGCAUCCUAAUGAAACCAAGACGACCUCGAGUUGUUGUUCUUUGUCCCACACGGGAGUUAUGUGAACAGGUUUUCCGGGUUGCAAAAUCCAUCAGCCAUCAUGCACGGUUCAGAUCCACCAUGGUAAGUGGUGGUGGGCGUUUAAGGCCUCAGGAAGAUUCCUUGAAUGGCCCAAUUGACAUGGUUGUUGGAACCCCUGGCAGAGUGCUUCAACACAUUGAGGAUGGAAAUAUGGUUUAUGGGGACAUUAAAUACUUGGUGUUGGAUGAGGCUGAUACUAUGUUUGAUCGUGGUUUUGGUCCGGACAUCCGCAAGUUUCUGGGACCAUUGAAAUCACGUACUGCUAAAUCCGACGAUCAAGGAUUUCAAACUGUCUUGGUAACUGCAACCAUGACAAAGGCAGUUCAAAAGCUAGUUGAUGAGGAGUUCCAAGGCAUCGAGCACUUGCGUACUUCUUCAUUGCAUAAAAAGAUUGCAUCUGCCCGGCAUGAUUUCAUCAAACUUUCAGGUCCAGAGAACAAGUUGGAGGCAUUAUUGCAGGUACUUGAGCCAAGUUUAGACAAGGGAAACAAAGUAAUGGUCUUCUGCAAUACAUUGAACUCCAGUCGAGCCGUUGACCAUUUUCUGAGUGAGAAUCAAAUUUCAACUGUCAACUACCAUGGAGAAGUUCCCGCAGAGCAAAGGGUUGUGAACCUAGGGAAGUUCAAGAGCGAGGAGGGUGAUUGCCCAACCCUGGUCUGCACAGACUUGGCUGCUAGGGGACUAGACCUUGAUGUGGAUCAUGUCAUCAUGUUUGAUUUUCCUUUAAACUCGAUUGAUUACCUACAUCGGACAGGAAGAACUGCUCGCAUGGGUGCCAAAGGGAAGGUGACUAGCUUGGUUGCUAAACGGGAUGUGCUUUUGGCAACUAAGAUUGAAGAGGCAUUAAAGAAGAAUGAGAGCUUAGAGUCUGUGUCUGUUGACAGUAUUAAACGGGACAUUGCCAGAUCCGACAUUACAAAGCAGAAAGAGAAGUUGGUUAAAGCUUCAAAUGUAAAAACCAAGAGCCAAAAUACAUCCUCAGACAAAGUGUCUUCUUCUAAUACCAGCAGCAGGAAAGGAGUGCCACUUGUCAAAAAAACUUCAAAGAAGACGACAUUUUCUAGCAAAUCACCACGGACUCCAUUAAAGAAGACGACAUUUUCUAGCAAAUCACCACGGACUCCAUUAUCAAAUCAGCCUAAAAGAGGAGUAGCAAUCAAAGUAUCUAAGAAGACAUAUAGUGGGAAGAAACAGUCAGAUAGCCAAAAGCCUAAUGGAUCAAAACUAAAUGUUGUCGGAUUUCGGGGCCGUAGUUCAUCAUCAAGUGAUAAGAGAGGGAAUAUUAAGGUUUCUUGAUGUAUGUAUGCAGUCCAUUUGGUCUUGACUCAUGAUUAUUUAUAGUUGUGGGGUAGAUUUAUUUUACUUCCUCACUUUUCACUCGGUUAAGGUGUUGCCAUGUCACCGAGAGAUAACGGAUUCAAAAUUCAAAAAUGAUAUUUGUACACACUCUUAUACACACUUUUGUACACACCUAUGUCUGUGAAAGUUUUUUUUUUGUCUGUGAACAUCGAUUCACAGACAAUGUUUUGCACAAACAAAAUAUUGUCUGUUAACCGGAUUCACAGACAAAAAAAAGCUUCACAAACAUGGUGUGUAUAAGGUGUGUACAAGGGUGUGUACAUCAAGAAUGGUAGGGAAGGCUUUCCCCUUAUACGUCCUUGUCCUUGUGGUGGGAGUGGGACCCCCCCUUUGGACUGGGUGCCCUUUUUAUAUUGAUUGUAGAGUACGGAGUAUAUAUUUAUCAUAAUUAGAGGUCAACUUUAUUUUCCAUGAUA